UGAUCAUUCCGAGGCUUGGACGUGACCAAAAUGAGCGUAAUGCAGGUGUGGUUAGGACUUCUCUUCGUCGGCGUGCUGGCGGCCGCGACGACCGACGAUGGCACCGGCGACACGCUGGACGUGGCCGGCGGAGACCCGAGCUUGGUUCGCGUUAAACGCCAGUUCAAUAACUUCGGACACUUUCAAGGCCAUCACGGAGGAUUUUUCCCUCACAACCACGGCGGAUUCUUCCCACAAAAUCAGCAUUUCCCGCAGGGUCAGCGGUUUCCCGGUCACGGUCAGUCAUCAGUCAGUUUCCCAGGCCAGGGUCCCCAGACGUUUAUAAGAGGUGAAAACUCGGAAAACCUCGUAAGGCGGAAGAGAAACCGUCCUCAUGGCUACGUUCCUGCUAAUCAAGGCUUCGGUCCUAGCGCAUUCCCCGGCAACGCGGCACCCAAGAACUGUAAAGGCAACCGCCGGUUUCUGCCUGAAUGUUUAGCGAACGCUGCAGCUAACAACCCUAAGAACUGCAAGGGAAUGAGGAAGCAUCGACCAGAGUGCAACAUUCAAACGGCGCCUCUUCACGAUGAAAAGGUGAUUUCGGCUUUCGAAAACAUCGAUUGGCUAUCCCAACUCUCGCAGGACAAUCAUUCCAUCGGUCUCCCCAACCUGCCUGACACUCCGACCGCUCAAGCUCAGUCCAGGAACUUCUUGCUGGGCGUCAACCAGCCCGACGUGCCUUUCCAGCAGUGCAGGACUCCUCGCUUCCAGCCUGGGCACUGCCGCUACCUGCAGCACUGCAUCCUGCAGGACUUUGUCUUCAGCUUCCAGGCCUUCUUGCAAUACGUGUGCUUCAUCCAGGGGACGUAUGUCGGCGUGUGCUGUCCCGACAGCAGGUACCCUCAGUCCAGCACCACAACCACGUCCAGCACCACCACAACCACCACUCCUCGACCAACCCCAUCUUCUGGCCUGGCUAACAGAGACGUUCACGUUCCUAACGAGGCCUUGCCCUUUAUGGUGAACUUCACGGCUGACCGAAUCAUGGUGCGUCUGGGGGAGUACACGUUUGACAACCCCGACGACUCUGAGCACCACGACUAUCCCGUCCAGUCCAUCCAGAAGCACCUGGGCUACAACACAACCACCUUCGUCAACGACAUCGCUAUCCUGUCCCUGCCUCAAGCAGUGGCCUUCAACAACGACGUGUGGCCAGUGUGUCUGCCUACAGCCGGGCCUCUCUACACUGACGCAGAGGCAACUGUAACCGGAUGGGGUACGAUCUACUUCGGAGGCCCAGUAGCCAAGACUUUGCAGGAAGUUACCAUCCCCGUCUGGACGAACAAAGACUGUGACGACACAUACGAGCAACCGAUCGUGGACACCGUCUUGUGCGCGGGCGCCAAAACCGGCGGCAAGGACUCUUGCCAGGGUGACAGUGGCGGCCCCCUGCUGCUGCGCUCAGAAACGGGUCGUUGGGAGGCGAUCGGCAUCGUCUCCUGGGGCAUACGCUGCGCCGAGCCCGGCUUCCCUGGCGUCUACACGCGCGUCAACAGAUAUCUUGACUGGAUACAGCAAAACUCUAUCUAAAAUACCACUCUCGUCGUCUGAAAAUUGGACAUUAUUGAAAACGUUGGCUUGAAAAUUGGACAUUAUUGAAAACGCUGGCUGUUGAAACUCACUGAACUGUUAAACGCUGAAAACGUUAAACUGUUAAACGCUGAAACUGCUUGAA